AUGCCUAAAUAUUAUUGCGAUUAUUGUGACACAUAUUUAACCCAUGACUCUCCUAGUGUGAGAAAGACUCAUUGUACUGGAAGAAAACAUAAAGACAAUGUUAAAUUUUACUAUCAAAAAUGGAUGGAGGAACAAGCUCAGCAUCUCAUUGAUGCCACAACGGCCGCAUUUAAAGCUGGUAAAAUUGCACAAAAUCCAUUCGGAAAUAAAGGAGCAGCAAUACCACCUCCAUGGGAUCCCUCUGUAAUGGGCCCAGGUGGGCCAAGACCACCCGUUCCUACUCCUGGUGGACCACCUGGCAUGAUCCCACCACCGUCGAUGGGUCCUGGGGGACCUAUGGCUCCACCUAUGAUGAUGGGACCGCAUGGACCAAUGCCUCCUAUGAUGGGAAUGAGACCACCAAUGAUGGGCCCAUUGAUGGGUCCAAUGGGACCUAUGGGUCCCAUGGGUCAAAUGCGACCACCCUUAAUGAACGGACCUCCUAUGAAUAAA